AUGGAUAGAGGAAAGAAAUAUCAAGCGCCAGUCUACCGUUCAUGGAAUGCUUUAGCCUUAGGUCUGCCAAACAAUCCGGGAGAGACCGAACUCGAGGAACCAGAAAAUAAGCAACCUACAAAAUCCCGGAGACCUCGACGAGGCGUACUUGUAAAAGAGGUCAUUGGCCAAGAAGUGCCAAGUCAAAUUGCUGAUUGGAGAUAUUCCAAUGCGGUCGCGCUCAACAAAGUUUCUGAGGCUUCAAGGGAAAAAAAAUCUCAUGAAAUAUAUGAAUCGAACAAAUGGAAUUUGGAACAAAAAAGAAAAGCAACUUGGGGCCCUUCAUCCUCUCGUAUUCCACAGCAAAACAACUGGAAUCCCUCAUCACGACGGAAUACUUGGGAUUCGCCUCUUGACACGCAGCAAAAAAUUCCAACCUACGACUACGACGAUCCAAGGGAAAAAAAUUUGAGUUCAAAGACUUCCUUUAAGCCACAAUACGACAAUUCGGUAGCUAAGCGAUCGCAAAGUCAAAAUAAUGAAUUACAGUCAUACAAUACACGUCCGAUUAUACAGUCCAAACAUGAAUACGGUAGCGACAGUUGGAAUUCAGUAGGGUCAAAAAAAAAUUGGAACGCGCCUGUACAUCCUGAAAAGAAUAGCGGUUGGGACUCCUCCACCGAGCCACAAUAUAGUAACGACAGUUGGGAUUCGGUAGAGCCACAAAAAAAUUGGAACGCGCCUGUACGGCCCGAAAAGAAUGGCAAUUGGGGCUCGUCCGUUAAAGCACAAUACGGUAACGACAGUUGGGAUUCGGUAGGUUCACAAAAUGAUUGGAGUACAACCACUCAGUCGGAAAAGUAUAGCAAUUGGAACUCUUCCGUCAAAUCACAAUACAGUAACGACAGUUGGGAUUCGGUAGGGUCACAAAAAAAUUGGAACGCGCCUGUAAAGCCUGAAAAGAAUAGCAAUUGGGACUCCUCUACCGAGCCACAGUAUGGUAACGAUAAUUGUGAUUCGGCAAAAUCGAAUUGGAACGCUUCUGUACAGCAGAAACAUAGCAGCAACUGGAACUCCUCCAGGCCAAAAAACGAAAAUGACAAUUCAGUAGCAGCCAAAAAAUCGCAAAAGAAUGGGAAUACCUCCGUGCAGCCUAAACAAACUGGCCGGACUCUGACCGACGAACCUGAAGAAAGCGAUCAUAUUUUGCCCUUUCCUAACCCAAUUCUGGAUAAUUUGUUCGUCUCGUCGCCGAUCGACGAUAACGUAAUAAGUGCUUGGAAAGAUAAUGAAAAAAACACACACAUCGAUGAAAAUUCAGGUGCAUCUGACAUUAACAAAGAAUCUAAUGUUGGAGUUGCAGAUCCAACAAAGGCAAUUCCUCAAUUCUCAAAAGGCACUAAGAUCGAAUCGAAAGAAAAUCCAGAUCACUUAAAGUCCGAUUCGCUGAAAUCCUCUGUAAAAUCGGAUGAGGAAUCCAGCCGUAAUGCAAAAGGUUCUUCUACAGCAGUACCUAUUCAACCUUUAUCGAAACCAAAAGAUGAAGAAAAUACUGCAAAAACUAGUUCAACAGAAUCUUUCAAACCCCUUAUUGACGAGGAGCUUCUCCUUAAUGCAGAGGAUUUAUCUACAGCGGUACCUAUCCCACCUUCAUCAAAACAAGAAGAUGAGAAGGUUCAAGAAAAUACUGCAAAAACUAGUUCAACAGAAUCUUUCAAACCCCUUAUUGACGAGGAGCUUCUCCUUAAUGCAAAGGAUUUAUCUUCAGCGGUACCUAUUCAGCUUUCACCGAAACAAGAAGAUGAGAAAGUUCAAAAAAGUACUUCCAAGAUCGGUUCAACAGAACUGUUCAAAUCUCUUAUUGACGAAGAGCUUAUCUUUGAUGAUACAAAGAAAGAGCAAAAAAAUACUAAUAAGAGAGAAAAAUCUGCUUUUGGUUGGGAAACCGAGUUUAAGAAAGAAGAUGAUUGGCCAAAUUUCGAUCAGCCAUUAAUUGAAUCAGAUUCGAGUGACGAAGAGUCAAUAAGAUCGAAUUCUAGUACUAAAGAACCUCAGUCGCCAAUGUCACCGAAUUUGAUUGAUUCAUUUGACAUACCGCCGGAGCUCAGUACUUCACCACUUAAGCCCAUCACUAUACCGCGUCAAAAAAAGCCACCAGAAAUUAAAAGCCCAUUACGAGCUACCAUUCAAGGUCCAGAAUCCGAAACUGUCGCGUCCUACAUCUUCUACAAGAACAAGUUUGUCAAAGAAAAUUCUGUUCUCGUGAACCUUGACGACGACCAAUCAGCGUUAUCUCCGCCGAAACAACCACCAACCAAAGAAUCGGAAGAUUUUCUUCAAGAACUAGCAAAGCUUGAUUGGAAGGCAUUUCUUCCGAUUCCCGAUCCGAAUAGCAUUAAAUGGGCGAAACCAACAGAUCGAGAACAGAAACGAAAGAAGAAGGAAGUGCUCAAAAUUUUCCUCGAACAUUUGGACCCGAUUUAG